UCGCCCCAGAUUCGCCGCUGUCAAAUUUCACUGCUGCCAACUGAUGACAACUUCCUACUUUUUCGGUCUUUUCGACGUACAACGUGCUGAAGAUGGCUGAUAAGGCUAAGAGUGCCCCCGCGGCCGUGAAAAAGCCGGCAGAUGCCAAACCCGCUGCUAAGAAGGAAGUGAAACCGAAGGUUGCCGGCGAUGCCAAGAAAGCAACGAAGAAGCGGUUGCCCGUGGUACCGGAAUCGUGGCUGAAAAUCGGCAAGGGUAAGAAGGGACAGCGCCCGAAUGUGUUGCUGCAUCGUCGCAAGAUCCGUGCCAUGCGAUUGUUGCGUCGCAAGCAGAAUCUGCUCCGUGCGCUCAACUACGAGAAGACGUACUUGAAGACGGAGCGUGCUGUCGUGGAGCAGGCACGUAUUGCCAAGGCGAAGGGCAACAUCUACAUCCCGGCCGAGCCGAAGGUAGCAUUUGUCAUUCGUAUUCGUGGUAUCAACAAGGUUGCCCCGAAGGUGCGUAAGGUGCUGCAGCUGUUCCGUUUGCGUCAGAUCAACAAUGGUACGUUCAUCAAGCUGAACAAGGCCACUAAGAACAUGUUGCGCAUUGCGGAGCCCUACAUUACCUACGGCUAUCCGACACUGAAGUCCGUUCGUCAUCUUAUCUACAAGCGUGGCUUCGUUAAGCACCGACAUAGUCGCAUUCCGAUCACCGACAACUUCGUGAUCGAGCGUAAGCUCCGUGGACACCGCCUGCAGUGUGUGGAGGAUAUGGUUUAUCACAUCUAUACCGGUGGUGCAUCCUUCAAGAAGGUGAGCAACUUCCUGUGGCCGUUUAAGCUGAACACACCGACCGGCGGCUGGCGCAAGAAGAACAACCACUUCGUCGAGGGUGGUGAUUUUGGUAAUCGCGAGGACAAGAUCAACGAACUGAUCCAGCGAAUGGUUUAAGUUUCGGAAACAACCGCGUCUUCUGCCUGGCGGAGAACAGCUACUGCCCCGAAAUGAAAGCAGAAUUGUGGCAAGUUUUUUUUCUGUGUGUGCUGAUAAGUGGAAUAAACGUGAAGAGAAAAGCCUGAACCAUAAAGGUGAAAAAUCUAA